AAAUAGAGAAGCAGUGAAAUGAAAACCCUAAUCCCUAAGUCGCAGUGAACCAUUUCACCGUACAAGAAUUGCAUCUUCGAAAUGCGGAGAAAUUUGGCAAAACUUCCGUACCCGGUGAUCGGUCGCGCCACCGCCGCUGAUUCGUCUGCUUCUGCAGGUUUCUCCACCUCAUCAGCCGGUGGCGGCGGGAGAGGCCGUGGUGGUUGGAGACCUCUCCAGUUCGCCGUCGAUGAGGCCCGAAAGAACGAAUCCGAUAAUUCGAAGUUCGAAGAUGCACCGCCGCCCCAUGGCCAUGGCCGUGGUCGAGGCCAGCCUCUUCCUUCCUCUCCUAUCCUCCCUUCAUUCUCUUCAUUAUUGAAUAAUGAUCCAAAAGCUCCUCCCAUAGGCCGCGGCCGUGGUUUUGUUCCUCCGAAGACCGUUACGCCGCCGCCCCGAGACACGGCUGAUUCAACCUCCAAAUUUCAAAACAUCGGGAAUAAAGCACCAUUGAACAGUGAAGCGCAAUUCGAUUCGCCUGAAUCCACAUCCCCAGCCAGACGAGACAAAAAUCUCCUAACCGAAAUUUCCAGUAUCCUACACGGCUCUGGGCGGGGGAAGCCGAUGAAGGCAACCACCGCCCCAGCCGAGAAGGCUCAAAUGGAGAAUCGGCACAUCCGUGCGCGUCCGCAGCCGAAAGCACCUGAGGCGACUAGAGCUGCUGAUUCUCCUCAACAAUCAUUGAGUCAGGAGGAAAAGGUGAAGAAGGCCAUGGGGAUACUGACACGCGGAGAGCCAGAGGGCGGUAGAGGUGGAGCUGCCGCAUUCGGCGGACGCGGUAGAGCAGACAUGAGAGGGAGAGGAAGAGGAAGGUUCAGCGGGAGGGGAGGAAGGGGAAGGGGAAGGGGCGAGGAAGAAGAUGAAGACUUAGAAGAUAUUGUACCUGUAGGGCUGACUCUAGGCGGACCCGAAGACGAGGAGAAAUUGGCGAAGAAGCUAGGGCCAAAAGUCAUGAAUGAAUUGGCUGAAGAAUUUGAGGAGAUGUCGUACAGGGCGUUGCCGUCCCCUAUUGACGACGCAUUUGUGGAUGCACAUCACACCAAUCUUUUGCUUGAAUGUGAGCCAGAGUAUUUGAUGGAAGAGUUUGGUACCAAUCCAGACAUCGAUGAGAAGCCCCCAAUUCCUCUCCGUGAUGCUCUGGAGAAGAUGAAGCCAUUUUUGAUGGCAUAUGAGGGGAUUGAGAGUCAAGAAGAGUGGGAGGAAAUUAUGGAAGAAACAAUGAAGACAGUCCCACUUAUGAAAAAGAUUGUCAACUAUUACAGUGGUCCAGAUAGAAUAACUGCAAAGCAACAGCAAGAAAAGCUAGAGAGAAUUGCCAAGACUCUCCCAGCCAGUGCUCCUGCUUCGGUCAAAAAUUUUACAGACCGUGCCGUUCUCUCAUUGCAGAGCAACCCGGGCUGGGGAUUCAACAAGAAACGCCAAUUCAUGAAAAUGCUUGUGAAUGAGGUUUCUGAGCAAUACAAGUAAACGUGUUGCCCAGUUUCUCUUGCAGAUGAAAUGAUGUUUUGUGCCAAAAGAUAUGCAAGAUGGAACCUGCCAUAGGGUUUUGCAGCAGAAGUCACCACUGGGUAAGCUCUUUGAACUUGUGUUGUUAUUGGUUGAUAUGACCUCUUUUGAAAUCAAGCUUGUGGUAGAUCUGUCCAUCUUUUUUAUUUGAAAAGAAUAAUUCUUAAGCACAAACAAACAAACAAAUUAUGGGAUUCAUUUUACAGAAGAAUCGAGUAAAGUGAAGUGGAUGACUUUGGUAGUUUGAUUUGCAGUGAGAUAAUCUUCUACUGAAUAGGCAUUUGGUUCAUUAGUUGAAGAGUAGAACUGAGUGAUACUUUCGAAAUUGGUUCGAUUAUAAAUAAUGUUGUAAAGACUUUUGGCAAUUUUGACCGAACACUGCUUUUAUGCAAUUUCGUUUAUUAUUGCUUGA